AUGGAGUGGCUUCGACAAGUUUGGACCGAUGUCAACCUGACUAGUGUGGAGCUCUUUGAAACGGAAAACAGUGCUCAUGUGUUGGCCGAACCUGCAACACUUGACGGUGAUGGCGAAAUCUCAACGGUUCAACUUCUUCAUCAAACCCUGGCGGAGGCUGUUCUCGAGAAGUACAACUCAACGGUAUUGAGCUCGGAUUUACGUCUCCCGUCCGGCCAAGACUCAAUUCGUUUCGAUCAAAUUGUUGGUUUUGUGGCGGGUAAUCGCAUGUUGAACGACGACAUACUGCGAUUUACAUUACUACUCAUGGCAGAGCAGUUGACGACUUCGCAGACCCUGGUGUUUUCUCCUCAUGCACCAAUGCUUGGGUUCCCGAGACCUCCCCAGCACACGCGACUGACUUCGGUGUCUUUCAUGAUCCUCCCCGUUUUCUUUUCAUCAUCGAACCAUUGGGGGAUCAUCAUCGUUGAAGUGGAUAUGGAUAUGCCAACCCCGACGAUAUAUGUGUUCUACUACGAGUCGAUUGGCGCUGAUUCAUAUCUAUCAGUAAUGAAAGAAAUCUGGAACAAAAAGCUGUUGGCGCAUUUGAAGCUUUGGUACGUCCAAGACUGUGACGACAGAGCCCGAGCCGAAGGAUUCCCUUUCACAGUCGUCGAAGAAGCGAUUAGUGUACCGCUACAACCCGAUGGAACUUCGUGUGGAGUGAUGGUGAUUGCCAUGGCGUAUUCUUACUUGACUGGGAAUCGCGAUUUCCCUCUGCACAAGGUGACAAAAGCCUACGUUGCGUGCAUGCGGCUUCGCAUUCUGUGGAUGGUGAUGACAAAGGCGGUGAUUGAACCCAUCCCACAGCUCAUCAAGGAGCACGCCAGCAAAACAAACAAGGAACUGAAGAAAGCUCUUGGUCGCCACUAA